GUCACAUGCCAACAUCCGCCCAACCUUCGUUCACGAGCUACUCUAUCAAAGCGAGUGUUUAACCAUUUGGCCUGGCUCGUUAAACAUUCCCCUUUUCUUAAAAGUGUGGCCGCUAAACGACAAUAAGCAGAUUUUCACCCAAUGCGGGCGGGCGCUCUGGAACGUAUCCCCUGUGAAAAAGUGCUUUGCCGCCAUCUUGUGGCAUCUAUAGGCAAUUACAAACCUUUUUGUGUAGGUGUAAAUUAGAGCCGGUCCGAUUAUACUGUAGCGUAUCGCCGAUAAAUCGACAUCAGUUUUUGGUGACAGAGCUCGGUCCCUAAUCGUAUCCCAAAUAGCCGUAUAACUAAAAUCACCUACUUUUCCAAUUGAAGUUCCUCAUCUGUAGUCUCGCCUCCCCGUAGCUUUUGUGCGGCUGUUAGCGCAAAGACGGCAUCCGGGACCAUGUCAAUGUUCAGCACGGGCAUCCUGGUGUUGACAUCGCCCCUCCACACCCUACGCAUCGCCCCCGUGCUCAGCUCAGCCGCCCAGCUGGUGGAGCGUACCCUCUACGUCCAUCUGCACCCGGGGCUCAACCUGGGCGGCGGCGGCCAACCGCGGCCCGUCUUCAUCCCGCCGGCCGUCGACCUGUGCUCGCUCAUCACGCGGCUCUACAGCAACGCGGCCGACGUGUGCGCGCACCUCGACGUCCGUGUCCUGCUCACCAACAUCCAUCCCCCGUCCGGCAUCGGCGGCCCCUUUCCCACGCCGCAGUACCUGUCCCACUCCCCCGAGGUGCUCCUGACAGACUUCCCCCUGCAGGACCCGGCGCAGUCGAACCAGGUGACGCAGUGUCUGCAGGGCUACGCCGGACGCUGCUACGUGUGCCGGCCCGGCCUCCCGUCGGUGUUGCUUCAACCUCAGCUGGCUACGCCGCGGGAGGAGUCAAAGGCCGGGCCGAAGGAGCCCAUAGAGGAGAGGAAACCGUUGGAGACGUAUCCUGACGUGGUGGUGGGCGGCACCUUUGACCGCCUCCACGGGGCCCACAAGACCCUGCUCAACGUGUCGUGCCUGCUCGCCACCAGACGCUUCCUCAUCGGCGUGUGCGACCGAGGAAUGCUGAAAAAAAAGGUCCUGAAAGAGCUUAUCCAGCCGUACAACGUCCGCGUGGAAAAGCUCCACGAGUUCCUGCGGGACGUCAAGCCCUCGCUGCGGGUGGAGAUCGUGCCUCUGGACGACCCGCUCGGGGUGUCGGUGGUGGACCCGCUUCUAGCCUGCAUCGUGGUCAGCGAGGAGACCCGCAAGGGGGGCGAGGCUGUCAACAGGAAACGCAUUGAGAACGGCCUUCCUGCUUUGGUUCUUCACGAAAUCCAUCUGCUCAAGGACGUGCAUCACUCUGAGACGGAGGACGAGAAAAUCAGCUCAUCCAGCCUGCGCUCCCGCUUGCUGGGAACCCUUCUUAUCCCACCCAAAGAAACACCCCAUCUCCCUCUCCAGCCGUACGUGAUCGGCCUGACAGGCGGGAGCGGAAGCGGGAAGAGCUCGGUGGCCAAGCGUCUGGAGGCCCUCGGAGCCGUCCGCAUCGACUGCGACAAGCUAGGCCACCUCGUGUACGCGCCGGGCACCGCUGCCUACCACCGUGUCGUGGAAGAGUUCGGAGCGGAUAUCCUGAAUGAAGAUAAAAGCAUCAACAGAUGUGCCUUAGGGAAGAAGGUGUUUGGAAAGCAGGAAAGAUUAAAAGCGCUAACAGACAUCGUGUGGCCAGAGAUUACACUUCUCAUCAAGAACGCGAUCAGCCAAGCCAGAGAACAAGGUAAAGAUGUAUGCGUGCUUGAUGCAGCGGUUCUUCUGGAGGCGGGGUGGACUGACGUGGUCCAUGAAGUGUGGGUGACCAUCAUCCCCGAGGAGGAGGCGGUAUCCCGGAUAACCGAGCGCGACGGCGUGGCGCCGGAAGAUGCCCAGCGCCGCCUCCGGAGCCAGGGGUCCGACGCCCAGUGGCUGGAGCACGCCAACGUGGUGCUCAGCACGAUGUGGGAGCCCGAAGUCACCCGCAAACAGGUAUUGAAAGCGUGGAAUCUUCUACAGAAGAGGAUGCAGCAGAGGCAGGCGGCACAGUAGAAAAGUAGAACCCAAAACGGUACGACUGCAACACUUGACUGCCUCUUUAGUGGGCCCGUUCACACUGAAAUCUACGUCUAAAAGAUGUACCUUUCACACAGAACCCGGCCAAUUACGUCCAGUGUUCGGUAUAAAAUACUUUGGUCAGACAGCGACAAUUGCUUUCGUAUUGGCUACGCUAAUUCCAGUUGAAGACACCGAUGCUCUGAUACUACCCCCAAAGCUGGAAAAUGGCCAUGGGGGUGGGGGGCAUUUUGUGUGGGUGACUUUUACACAGUAUAAUGACACAGGGUCCAAACAGUGUGAAAGGGGCUAUUGACCUCCCUCAGAUUCAUUUUUUAAAACUAUCAUAGGUUUAUUAUGUGUGAAGUGCGUGCGGGCCAUCCAUCCGUACAGUGGCUAUUUUGAAAAGACUACGUGGACAAAAGAAGACUGUCCUCUCUUUGUAGCAACAACAAAGCUUCUCUUUUCUCACACCGACAGCACUUGUUCAAGUGUGUAUUUAUGGACAGACUUCAACGGAAGGGAGUGAGCAUGAACUUUUGUCUUUGGGCCUCGCACUAAUUAAUUAUUUGGGCUAACAAGGGACAGAACGAUUCACUGUAAUGCAUUUAUUAUUGUUUCUGUGCUGUGGAGCAUUUCCACAAAUAAAUCAUAACCUUUAUUUGA